AUGUCUUACUUUGCUAAUAACACGCUUGCUAGCGCUUCUACGGGCUGGCGAGUUCUUCUUAACGCGGACGAUAGAAAGGUUAAUGUCGGUAGACUUUUUAAAGGCUUGGAAUUGCUUAAUCAAGCCAGCAUGGAUCCUAAUCAGAGAUUUGAACUGUCCAAACAAUGGGAGAAUGACGCUUUCAGUGUUGCAAAUACAAGAGAAGAAUAUAAUGCUAGAAUAGGAGCAAAACUAAAAGAAAUUACCAAUAUGAUAAGAAAUACUCCGCAACAGACUACCCAGCAGCAAAACGUCCAGCAACAGCAUCAGGUCUCUCAGCAACCACAACUCUCUCAACAGCAACAGCAAGUCCUUCAACAGCAGCAACAGCAACAACAAAGGUUAUUACAACAUCGAAUAGCCGCGGCGCAUAAUCCAGCAUUGCAACAAAAAUUUCAACAAGAACAGAUUCGCAAGUUACAAUUGCAACGACAACAUCAACAAUCGCAAUUGUCACAGGCCUCCCAACAAAUUGCCGUCGCGCAAGCGGGCAGUUUCAUUCGCCCUAACACACCUAAUGCACAACAGAUACAAUCUUCCCCUAAAUCUGCCCAACCAAAUACAUUUCGAGCAAAUCCAAAUGUAAACCCAAGUGUACUAUCACUGUUAGGUCUUCCCCCGGAUACACAGCUAACGGAUGAUGUGAUAAAGAAAAUCGCAUUCCUAAAUCAGAACUUAAGAGCACGUCAAGCACAGCAAUCGAGUUUGCAACAACAAGAUAUGACGCUGAGCUCUCCCGCAAUGUCGGCCGAAUCUCAACUCAACAGAAUCACGGUUAAUCAACAGGCCGCAACAAACAACAAAUUGUCUCCCAGCCAGAUUAUCCAAUCACCAAUAAAUACGAUGAAAUCACAAGUGCCGCCGCCCCAGAAUCCAGGUCCCUCCGUACUCAUCAUGCCAUCCAUGACCAACCAAUCUCCGGUGAAUUUACCAAAUAAACUGAAUCAGACGCAAACCAAAGUGCCCACGCACAUCAAGGUGCCUCAGAAUAAACCGCUCACAAGCCCAGCGGCCAAUGUUAACCCGGCCCUCAAAGCUACCACAUCAGUCGCCAUCGGUACAUCACCGAUUCCGUCUGUGCAACCAACAAAUGUUCGAGCUCAAGUUGGGCGUCCUCUCGUGGUGCCAAACAACGUUACGGCUGGGAUGUUGCUCGCUAACGGUGUUGGAAUUAAUCCAGGAAUGGGAUCAUCCAAUAAUGCAGCGAUUUUAAAUCAAAAUGCAUUGUUGCUAAAUAGCACAAGACCUGGUGGAUUGGUGAUUCCACCAAAUAUUGGCUUUCGUCCGAGUAUUAGUGUUCCCGUAGUACGUAACGAUGUUACGGUGGGCAUUGGAGCAUCGUCAUCGUCGACUUCAGGACAAUAUGCAACAUUGAGUGCCAAGGAGGAGUUUGAAGCCUUGGGUAUGAUAAAGGAAAUUGAUAGGAAAUCACAAGAACGAAGAAUCCAGUAUCAUGAAAUUCCCGAUCUCGAGGAUGACGAGAAAUCCAAAAUCAUUGAAAAAUUACGGGAAUUAGAACCCAUGUAUAAAAAUGUUGACAAGCUGCUACCAUACUUUUGGCAUUAUACAAAAUCGAGUCAGGGUACAUCUCGCCUGUUGGGGAUGAAAUAUAUGAUAGAAGAUCAGUUAAAGGCUUUGCCAGGAAAAUUUCUCCUUAGGCUGGAAACCGUCGAUAAUUUGAUUCAACAAUUCCGCAAAUAUUUCGAUUAUGUUGAAAGUCGAAGAAGAGGGAUAGAACCAACAACCAUGAUAAACCUAAAUGCCACCGUUCGCCCACAACCAUCGAUCAUACCUCCAAACGCAGGGAACCUCUUAAAGCCACGUAUCAAUUCAUCCGACUUGAAACUUCCCAGCCAGAGGAUACAUCACAAUGAUCCCAAUAGCAUGACCGCCGGCAAGAAGCGUCGUCAAUCAUCCACGGAACAAGAAACACAACAACUCAGUAAAAAACAAACGACAAAUAAUAAUAAUGUUCAGAGUAAGUCUACACCCGAUGUAAUGAUUAUCGACCCACCCAACACCGCUUUACCCAAAACCUCAGCAUUAUCUUCCGAUAACCGAAAAAGUCCUGUAAUUGUAAUUUCAGAUGAUAAACCGACAAUGGGACGCGAAGAACCUCAAGGGAAUGCAUUCCACAAAUUUGAUGCAACCUCGGAAGAAAUUCGCAAAAGCGCGAAACGGAUGAUUAACGCGGUACGAAAAUGCAUGCCGUAUCUUUCAGACGGAGUGAUCGGAGGUUUACCGAGCGAAGAAAACGAACAAAAUAUUUUGAGAUCGUUAGCAAACACAGCAUAA